AUGGCGCGAAAUUAUUAUCAAAAUGUGGCGGUAAUAACUUGUUUAAUUAUUUUAUUGUGUGAGAUAUAUUCAGGUUACAACAUUGAUGAAUUAUUUUUUAAUAAUAAUUUAAGGUCAUUUAAUUUUUUUAAGGACAGUCAUGUUAGAAUAAGUGAAUUGAAAAUAAAUGAGGGUUAUUUAUUUAAACCAUCAAAGAAUAUAAAUAUAGAAUUAGCUUUAUCAGCAUUAAAUGGAAUAGAAUUUGAAAAGGAAAAUGAAUAUAGGAAUAAAAAGGAGUUCAGUAAUAAUUCACAUAUAGAAAUAAAGGAAUGGAACAAAAUAACUAAAAAUGAUUUUUUUUUAAAUAAAAAUUUAGGCGAAAAAGAAGACAUUACUAAAGGAAUACCAGAACCUUACCAUAUAAGUAACAUUAGAGAUAGCAUAAAUAAUAGUAUCAGAUUUUAUUUUACCCCUAGUGACAAAGCAGAAUAUGGGAUGGAAAUUAUAUACAAAGGAACAUAUAUACCUCAAAUAUAUGAUAAUAUUUUUUUAAUUCUUGUACUAUCUUUUAUGUAUUUAUUUAGUAUAAAGACUGUAUGCCAAGGAUAUAUAAAGGGGAAACAUGUAGCUAAGGAAUAUAUACCUAAAAUAUCAACUUUGUUCACUUUUUUCGUUAUAUUAAAAAGUCUUCUAGUAUUAUUUCCAGCCAUUUUAAGUUCUUUUGUUUGUCUAAUUUUAACAUUUUAUUUCUUUUCUAUCUCAAUGAACCCUUGUGCAAAUAUAUAUUUUUUGGAAAAUACUAAAAUAAAAAAAGAACCAAUCGGGUGGGUACUAAUUGUUUAUUCAGAAUCUUUGUUAAUUGGAAAUAUUCUAUAUCACUUUAUUUGUUCAUCAAAGGUAUUAGUAUAUUUAGUAAGACAUAUAAAGAAUGAUUUGUUGGUACAUUUGAUUUGUAUACUUGUUUUACUACUUAUAGCAUCCUUUAUAUUUUUUUUAAUGAUAUGUAAUAUAUUCCCAGCCAAAAAAGCUCAGAAUUUUGUGUUCUCCUUCACUUCAUCCUAUUUGAUUAUAUCAUGCUAUACCUAUUUCUAUAACCUAUUUGCAUUACGUUUUUUGAAUCAUACUAAUAUAUUUCAAAUAGAGCCAGUUAUGUUCUUCUCCUAUUUCCCUAAAUUCGCGUUCAACAAACAAAAUAUAUUUGCUUUAUUUGUUCUUUUAAUUAUGACUUUUGUGUCGAUCAUAUGGCCAAAAUUGCUAAAGAUCAUAAAUAAUGCCCUAGCCACAAAAAAAAAAAAAAAAAAAAAUACACACAGAAAAAAAACAACAAACAAGUAUGAUGUAAUCCUAAAUUAUUUUACUUAG